CAUCAUCAGGUUUUCAUUAUCGACGACAUAACUCCGAAAAUUUCCGGCUUAUUUUUUUUUUUCUUCGUCUAUUUGAUACGCUUUAAUCAUUCAUCAUCGUCGCUUCCCGCCGCGUCGCAUUUGAAGCUUGUAUUGCGUUUGCGACGACGCGCAAGACAACCAUCACCACGCUUUUGACGUCGCGAACUAUCGGUAUUCGCAUUGAAAAUCCCUGAUCCGUACUCUGCGCCGACUUGAUGCAUGCGCGAUCAUCGAGUCGCUGUCGUUCAGUUACUAUUAUUCUGCGAGAGGCAUACCGACGUCUACAACCAUUGACGGAUUUACUCCCAACGUCGCUUCCGCCUUUUUACAGCACACCGCAGCAGCCUCGAUUUACACUUCGCCUCAUCUAUCCGGUGCUGUUCGCUUAGGAACCUGCCAUCUUCGUCGCCCUUGUCAUCCCCACCAUCCCAACACUUCCCGAAUGGCAGUUAUGGCAUCACCACCACCCGAGAGAACAGAGUCGGACAAGGCUGGCGAACGAACCGCCGAGAAGGCGACGAAAGUCGAGAUUGAGACGAAGACGAACGGUCAAGCCUCACCACCAUCGGAGAAGACGGUAGAGAAGGACAAGCCUUUGGCUAAUGGGCAUGGCAAUCACGCCGACAAAUCCGAGGAGACCUCGAGCGACUCGCCUGAUCAAAAAGCGACACAAACCUCUGAGGACGUCACAGCAAACAAGUUUGCAGGCUCCAAGGACGACGAUGCAUCCGCGACUAUAGCGACACCAGACGAAGCCGACCAACAGUCGCAGGAGGGGAAGGAAGAGGCGAAAAGCAAGGACGUCGAAAUGAGCGACAAACCUUCUGAACGGGAACCCCAGGAUGAACUUGCCGUCAAGAAUUCCCAGCCAGUCAGCGACGUCUCAAGCAACGCGCCACAAAAGUCAGAACCCGAAGAAGGAGAAGGCGCGUCAAAGCCUUCUCCCAAAGCUGGAAAACCUGACCCCAGCGAUCCCACCUCCAGCGCGGAUCUCGAUCUCAAGCCGGCUAGCAUGUCGCAACUCGCCAUCGACAGCAAAACCAAAGAUCCAACGACCCCACCACAUGCUGAUACAGACGUUGCCAUGCCCGAUGCGCCUUCGUCUUCGACCAAGGUCGCCCGUUCUCGCGAAGACGAUGCCGCCGACGAGCCUGCCGCCAAACGCCCCCGCACCGAGGGUCCCGACGACGGAACACCUGCCGCCUCGCAGCCAGUCACCGUUCAGGCCGAGGCAGAGACGGAGGCAGAGGGCGAAAUCAGCGAUAAGCUCUUCUGGGAAGUUCCGGGCUGGAAAGACGCCGAAGCAAACCAGCGCGAGAUCACCGAAUAUCGCGCCCGCGAGCUCCGCAAGAUCCUGGCCGGUGCCAAGAAGACCAAGGCCGGGGCCUUCUUCAGAGACUCGGUCGCCAAACUCUGGCCCAUGCUGGCCGAAAGCUACCGGCUGAAGGUUCCCAAGCCUAUGGACCUCGGAACUAUGGAGCGCAGCCUGAGGGACAGUUCCACCUACAACGUCCUGGGCCAGUUAAGGAAGGACCUUUUUCUUCUCUACAAGAACACAUACAUAUUCAACGGCCCUCAUCACGAAGUGACGGCCCAUGGCCGAGCUGUAGUACCUCAAGUCUGGCUGAAGAUGCUGGAAGUGUCCGCGGAAGAACCCCCUAGAACGAAACCCGCUCCUAAGCACCACCCCGUCAGACACGCCGAUGUGCGCGCUAAUGCCGCAGGCUCUCCCCAACCAGCCCCUCCGCGGAAGGAGUCAAGACCGGCCGCGGCAAGUCCGGCUGCCAAGCCAGAGAGGGAGGCGUAUGCCAUCCCGCCAGGUGGCGUACCCCAAGUCCGUAGAGCAUCGACGCAAAACGAGAGUGACCGACCGAAGCGCGCCAUUCACCCUCCCAAAAACAGGGAUAUCGACUACACGGCCAUGCAGAACUUUAACAAGAAGAAACUCCCCCUGGAGCUGCAGUUCGCCUACGAUGUGGUUGUGGAGCUUAUGGAACCCAAGCACCACGCCCUCAACAUCCCCUUCCUCGAGCCAGUGGACCCCGUGGCGCUGCAGAUCCCCAACUACUGGAGCGUCGUCAAAAACCCCAUGGACCUGGGCACCAUCAAGAGCAAGUUGAUGACCAACGAAUACCAGAAUGCCAAGCAAGUGCAGACUGAUUUCCAACUCGUCGUGAAGAAUUGCCUCAAGUUCAACGGCCCGGACCACGUGGUAACUCUCCAGGCCAUGCAGUUGGAGAAGCUCUUCAAGGACGCGUGGGCCAAGAAGGAUCAGUGGAUGGCCAAGAACACGCCCGUCAAGCCCGUGUCGGAAGCCGUGACUAGCGAAGACAGCGAAGACGGGUCCGACGAGGAAGAAUACGAGGAGGAGGAGCAGCAGCAGCAGCAGCAGCAGCAGCCGGCGACCUCGGGCAAAUCGACACAGGCGUCAGACGCCGCGGCCGCGAUCGAUAAGUUGGAACAGCGUCUGAGGGCGGAAACGACGAAACUUUCGCAGUUGAUCGUCAACAUUGACAACCCGGACGAGACGGAGAUCGAUUUGCAGCGGACGAUCGUCCAGGCGAUCCGAAAACGGGUACUCGAGGAGAGGGAGAAGUUGGGGAGCCAGAAGUCGGAGGCCAAGCCGUCCAAAAGCAAAACAUCCAAGUCGAGCAGCAAGGCCAAGGCCGCGGCGAGCGGGAGCAAGAAAGCGUCCACGGCGUCGGCGUCCAGGAAGUCUGGAACGUCGGGCGGCGCGAAGAAGUCGAAACGACCGAUGACGCAGAACGAGAAGGACCAGAUCGCCAAUGGUAUCAACGACCUUGACGAGGUGAACAUUGCGCGUGCUAUUGACAUAAUCAAGAAGGACACCGGUCAAACUGAAAAUGACAGCGGCGAACUCGAGCUCGAGAUCGACCAGCUUACCACCGACGCGCUCCACAAGCUCUGGGACCUCUUGAAGAGAGUCCUCCCCAACUUUGGUACCAACGCCCCGUCGGCGCGUGAAUCGUCUCCGGUUAACAACGGUCCGUCGGCCAAACAGGCGCCCAAACAACCCAGUAAACCCAAGAAGAACAAGCCGAUGAACGCCCGGGAGCAGGAGGCCCGCAUCGCCGAACUCGAGCGGCUUAAGAACCAGUACAAGUCCGGUUCCGGCGCCGGUCAGGAGCCGGCGUCCGAUCGAGGACCCGAGGUGCCGCUGCACCCUUUGCGCGAGGAGUCGUCCGAUUCGGAGGAGGAGUAGGAGGAGUGGAAGCUUGCCCUACCGCCUGCGAAGGGCUGCUUUUUUAUUCCUUGGCCGCCUGUUUCUCUUAUUAAUGAUCGUUUGCGUGUUUUUGAGUACCGAGACGCGCGGGGGG